AUGGAGGUGAUCAAUAUCGUGGCUGACACGCCAUCUUCGUUUGACUACUUCACGGAGCGGUACUACCACCAGUAUGUGGUGAGAAACUGUAAGGGUGUGGAGAAUAACAAUUGUAGACUUUUGGUGCACAGCAAUGGGUUGUGUGUUCUGUGCCUAGACGGAUCACAUGCCGCCAUUCAGGCACAUCGUAGGGCAACGUCCAUGGACGGGGAAUUAGUGCCUUCUCAUCCUCGCAUUGAAUCUGUAACAUUUGGCUCUGGACGUGGCAAUGCCAAAAUGGCACCUGAACGUAUUUGUGUAGUUGGCAAACGCAAGAAAAAUGCUGUUAUAUGCCAGGAGGACACUAAUAUUUGUGUCAUUGCAAUGACAGACAAAACCGUGUAUAAAAUCCCGGCAUGUCUCGCUGGAUUUGUCCUCGAGCUCAAUCCAGCAGUGCAAGAUCGACCCGAACUUCUAGCAACAGCGCCCACAGUUGAGGGUUUUAUUGCCGUCAUUUCCCCGAACUACAAAAAGGUGGAUCUCAUUAAAUACAUCAAAGUAUCAGAGGCCACAGGAGGGGAUGUUAUUGAGGAUAACGAUGACGAUGGCUGCGCGGAAAAAUAA